AUGCGAUUACGCCCAUUCUGCUCCCAACUUCAAGACUCGCCGACUAUGGCUAGUGGAGCUCUUGCUCCGUUCGUGAGAUCCCUGAAUGAUGUAGAUGGGUUAUAUGAAGGUGCUAAGUUCGUUGCUAUCCUCGGAACAGCUUCACGCAUCUUUACAUCGGCCAAAGACACUGCUCCGAGCAUGGCUUCUCUAUUGUUGUUGCCACUCAUGGCAGUGGGCAGUCUCGCUGUGAACUAUCCUACAAUCCCAGCAGAUCUGACUACACCUGUGCAGCAGCGCUUGGCCGUCAAAGGACCAAGUUCCAUGACAAUUGCUUGGAACACAUACGCAAAGCUCAAUUCUUCCGCCUGCGUGAGGUACGGUACCUCGUCCAGCAGUCUUACUUCUCAGACAUGCUCCGAUAGCCAGACUACCUAUGAUACCUCCAGGACGUACGCUCAUGAUGUUGCGCUCACUGGACUGCAACCGUCAACAACAUACUACUACCAGAUCGUCUCGACCAACUCAACCGUCGAACACUUUCUCAGUCCAAGGACGCCGGGUGACAAGACUGCCUUCAACAUGGACGUGGUGAUUGAUCUUGGCGUGUACGGUCCUGACGGGUACACAACUACCAAACGCGACACCAUCCCUUCGAUCCAACCAGAGCUGAACCACACCACAAUCGGCCGUCUUGCGAAGACUGUCAAUGACUACGAGCUCGUCAUCCACCCAGGCGACUUCGCAUACGCCGAUGACUGGUACCUCAAGCCUGGCAACCUUCUAGAUGGCAAAGAUGCCUACCAAGCCAUCUUGGAAGGCUUCUACGAGCAGCUUCAACCCAUCAGUGGGCGGAAAGCUUACAUGGCUUCUCCAGGAAACCACGAAGCAGCCUGCCAAGAGAUUCCAUACACUUCAGGCCUCUGCCCAGAAGGUCAGCACAACUUCACCGACUUCAUGAUGCGAUUCGGUCAAACCAUGCCAACUGCCUUCGCCUCGUCGUCCACAAACAGCACUGCACAGAGCCUAGCAUCUCAAGCUCAAGCUCUAGCGUUGCCACCAUUCUGGUACUCCUUCGAGUACGGCAUGGCACACGUUGUAAUGAUCGACACCGAGACCGACUUUCCCAGCGCACCAGACCAGCCCGGCGGCAGUGCUCAUCUCGGCGGUGGACCUUUCGGUGCGCCUGGUCAACAGCUCAACUUCCUCAAAGCCGAUCUCGCCAGCGUCGACCGCAGCGUCACACCCUGGGUCAUCGUAGCCGGCCACCGCCCAUGGUACUCCAUCGGCGGCAGUGUCUGCGACGUCUGCCAGACCGCUUUCGAACCUCUCUUCUACAAAUACGGCGUCGACCUGGGCAUCUUUGGUCACGUCCACAACUCCCAGCGAUUCAACCCCGUCUACAACCAGACUGCUGAUCCUGCUGGUCUGAACGACCCCAAGGCGCCAAUGUACAUUGUAGCCGGGGGUGCUGGGAAUAUUGAGGGUCUGUCGAAGGUUGGAAGUAACUAUUCGACGAAUGUGUUUGCAUAUGCGGAUGAUUUUAGUUUUGUGCAGAUCAAGUUUAUGGAUGCGAAUCAUCUUGGUGUGGGUUUUGUUAGGUCUGAGACGGGGGAGGUUUUGGAUAGGAGUGUGUUGUAUAAGCAGCAUGAUGUUGCGUUUGUGAGGAAUUGA